CCGGCGUCCGAGUGGCAGCUGCGGGGCGCUCUCGGCGGCUGUGCGGACGUUCCCUGAGGACGGCGUGCGGUUCGGGGGAAUGAAGGAUGGCAGCGCGCCGUGCAUUAAAAGCCGUUUUGGUGGAUCUCAAUGGCACACUUCACAUUGAAGAUGCAGCUGUGCCAGGCGCCCAGGAAGCUCUUAAAAGGUUACGUGCUGCUUCUGUGAUGGUUAGGUUUGUGACUAAUACAACCAAAGAGAGCAAGCAGGACCUGUUGGAAAGGUUGAGAAGAUUGGAGUUCGAUAUCUCUGAAGAUGAAAUAUUCACGUCUCUGACCGCAGCCAGAAGUUUGGUGGAGCAGAAACAAGUCAGGCCCAUGCUGCUAGUGGAUGAUCGGGCACUGCCUGAUUUCAAAGGAAUACAAACGAAUGAUCCUAAUGCUGUUGUCAUAGGAUUGGCUCCCGAGCAAUUUCAUUAUCAGAUCCUGAAUCAAGCAUUCCGGUUACUCCUGGAUGGGGCACCUCUGAUCGCCAUUCACAAAGCCAGGUAUUACAAGAGGAAGGACGGCCUAGCCCUAGGUCCUGGGCCAUUUGUGACUGCUUUGGAGUAUGCCACAGACACCCAAGCCACAGUUGUAGGAAAGCCAGAGAAGACAUUCUUUUUGGAAGCACUGCGGGACACCGGCUGCGAGCCUGAAGAGGCCGUCAUGAUAGGAGACGAUUGUCGGGAUGAUGUUGGCGGGGCUCAAGGUGCUGGCAUGCUGGGCAUCUUGGUGAAAACAGGGAAAUACCGAGCAGCAGAUGAAGAAAAAAUUAGCCCUCCUCCUUACUUAACUUGUGAGAGCUUCCCUCAUGCCGUGGAGCACAUCCUGCAGCACCUGCUCUAAACCCCGGGGACUGGGAACCACACUCCAUACAACCUUCCUCUCCUCACCCAUCAAGGCCAGCACCACUCAGUGCUGGGCGAGCUCCACCCUCUCCUAUUGUGGAGUCUUUGUAAAGAAAGGUAUUGCAUUGCAGCCAGCCACGAAGCUAAUCUCUUUUGUUUUAUUUUGUAAAAGAAGAGGAGACACCAAGAAAGGGAAAGCUGAGAUUUUGUGCCAUCCUUUUCAAAUAUUCAUUACGCUUGGAUGGCUGAGAGUGGAGAGCCUCUGUGAGGAAAGGGGUUUGCUGAUGGAGUGGGAGGGGGCUUGGGCUGUGAGCAGUGUUGACUGGUGGCUUCUCAGUGAUAAAGGAGUGUGCUGAAAGGCACAUUUUUCUGUCCUUUGGAGAUUGAGUUCCACUGUGAAAUCUAUCAGCAGUGCCAAGUGAGGACAGGACUGGAGCAGAACACAUUGUCCUGAGCCCAAGUGGUCCAGUGAGUUUGUUUUAACAGAUGUUGAAAACUAUAUUUUCUCUGCAUUCCCAGCAGAUGACUUCUUUUUCUCUUCAUUAGCCAGAGAUGACUAAUUUAAAUUUAGAACCUGAUUUUAAUUUAAAAUAAUAUUUCCAUUAAUAACCUAUUCAUUGCAGAUACCUAUUAUCGUGUGUAACAGUUGUUUUGGAAAUUUUAUGUAAAAUUAAAACUAUCAGUAUUUUACAGAUGUUUUAAUUAGACAUUGUUAUUAACAGGAACAGUGCAGAAACUAAAAUCAAGCCUUUAAUGUCUUAUAGACCAUGCAUUUUUGAAGUUAGUGUACACUAGGGUCCUAUUAACUGUACAUUUGCAAGAUUUCAUUAUUUUUGCCUCUGACACUAGGGGAGAAAUCUUUUAGAAGCUAUUGGGACAGAUUCGAGCUUUUAUGUACUUGGAUACUACAGCUGUAAAAUGAAAUCUCGUCUUGUAGUGUAGAUUAUUCUUCUCAUGUUAAACCCAGCAAAAUGAAGAGGCCUAAGUAAGUAAUGAUUUUCCUGGUGCAUUUGCAUACCGUGAUAAUCCUGGGCCUUGGCAGUUGUUUUACGGGGCUCUUGGGCAUUGAAUUAUUAGAAUGUAAUUGUACAUCAUUGUAGUGUUCACCUUAUUGAAGCUCAUACGGAUGUUAAUGAGCUUUGGGUUCUGAUGCUUGUUUAGAAACCAGCUUGGACUUGAAUAGAAAGGAGCAAAGCUAAAUAAAUGGUAGUUGAGUGAGCA